GCCGCUCGCGACCAAUCCCGACCGCCUGUCUGGUCACCGACAGCGCUCGACUCCUCCGGCCGGUUGUGUGUCAUCGAUCUCACGGCGAGUCGGGCUGCGUCUCUUUGGGAGGAGGCGGGUGGCAGGAGUAUCUAGCUCCAACUUUGUUUGUAAUUCAUUUUGUUUUGUUGUCUUGGGAACGUCCGCCCCUACGCGUUGGAGAGAAUGUCAGAUUUCGACAGCAAUCCGUUCGCGGACCCGGAGAUCGACCACCCGUUCCAGGAUCCAUCGGUGACGCAAGUACGACAGGCGGCUCCUCGCGGCUUGGAGGACUACAAUCCCUUCACAGAUGCCAAACCAGUGCCCCCUGGGAUGGCGCCCAAGGCCGCCGUCAGCACGCAACCCGCCAUCAUGAAGCCCACAGACGAGCCGCCGGCCUACACGCAGUCGCAGGAGCAGUCGGGAGCAGCUGCUGAGCUGCUGAGGAGGCAGGAGGAGCUGGAGAGGAAAGCUGCCGAGCUGGACCGCCGGGAGAGGGAAAUGCAGUCGCUGAGCGCUUCAGGAGGCAGGAACAACAACUGGCCCCCCCUCCCGGAGAAGUUCCCCGUGGGCCCCUGUUUCUAUCACGACAUCGCGGUGGACAUUCCUGUAGAGUUCCAGAAGACGGUGAAGAUCAUGUACUACCUGUGGAUGCUCCACACGGGGACGCUGCUGGCCAACGUGUUCGGCUGCCUGGCCUGGUUCUGCGUGUCCUCGGAGCGCGGCGUGGACUUCGGCCUGUCCAUCCUGUGGUUCCUGCUCUUCACGCCCUGCUCCUUCGUCUGCUGGUACCGACCGCUCUACGGCGCCUUCAGGAGCGACAGCUCAUUCAGGUUCUUUGCUUUCUUCUUCGUGUACAUCUGUCAGGUGGGCAUCUACGUGAUCCAGUGCAUCGGCAUCUCCAGCUGGGGCACCAGCGGGUGGAUCUCGGCUCUGAUUGCUCUGAAUCGCAGCGUCCCGGUGGGCAUCAUAAUGAUCCUCAUCGCCGCCCUCUUCACCGCAGAGGCCGUCCUGUCGCUCAUCAUGCUCAAAAAGGUCCACGGGAUGUACCGCACCACCGGCGCCAGCUUUGCAAAGGCCCAGCAGGAGUUCGCCACGGGCGUCAUGACCAACAAGACGGUCCAGACGGCCGCCGCUACCGCCGCCUCCAGGGCCGCGCAGGGAGGCUUCAAGGAGCAGAUCUGAUUGGCUCAUCUCCUCUUCCUCCUCCUCCUCAUCCACUUGAGCCAACUGCCCUGUUUGAACACAUGGAGAGCCCCUCCCCCCCCCCCCCCCUUGAGACAAUAUCCAGCCAGCAAGAAAACAAGCAGCGUGAAACAGAUUCAAUCAAGGUGAAUGCUGUCGGAUUGUUUUUAGAAAGCGCGUCGUCUUACUUCCUGAAAGCGACGCCCGCGGUCCCGAAAACUUGUGCGUGUGUUCAUGAUCCCCAGAGGAUGAAUCCUUUCCCUUUUUAACGCCUUCCCAGCUGUAAGAUGAGAAUGUGUCUUAGCGGUGAGCAUGUCCGCGCGCUGCCGUUAGCAUUCAGCUCAAAGCAACGCAAUUUGAGCCCUGACGACAUUUUAACAAACGCCGUUUGAUUUGAUGCGCUUGUGAAUUCUGAUUAUUGGGGAUUUUUUGGUUGAGGUAUCACUCUAAUGUUUGCUUUGCUGUAUUGUUGUUGUGGAGUUUUGCCAAGUUGCACUUUAACUCUCUUGUCUGACGACCCAAUCGGUGGAUAUGGAAGUAUAUUUAUAACGACCCGCGUAGUCUCUCUCUUCUUCGUCAUUUCCUGAGAAGUAAGUUUGUGAGUGACUGUCACACAGUGAAGACAUCUGCUGCUCUGUUCAUGCAGAUGUUUAUACGGCUUUUAUUCUGCAGGGGAAAGUGUCACUCGUCUCCAGCUUUUCUCAGGAUGUGCUCUUCAUGUGCAUGAUCAGGUUAAAGGUGAUAUGUGAUUGGAUAGAAUUGGACCCCCGACUGCCCCCCUGGUUUUUAAAUACAUGUGCUGUAAAUCUAUAUAUAUAUAUAUAUAUAUAUAUAUAAAGGCGACACUAAAUGGGUGGGUAUGUCGCGUGGUGGUUUGAUAACCGUUUGCAUAUUCAGCGUUUGUGUAAAUUGAGGGUCACUGAACUCCAGCAAUCAAAAGCAUCAAAUCUGAAGGUGAUUCUUUUAUUGGGUCGAGUUCAUUUCCAGUUUGUGCUCAUUAGAGAAAAGAAAAUGUCAAGUGCAUUUUCCCCUGCUGAGAUGUCUCUGAAUGUGUUCUUUGUCCUGUUUAAAGCCAGUGGAGCCUUGGCAGGUUUCGGAUGUGGAGGAGUGUAAAUGGAGCCAAUUUGGGCCUUUAAGUCGUAAUCAGAGUUUGGGAUCAUUCUGGAAUUAUUCUUUUUUAAAGCCUCGUUUUGCUCUGAGUCUAUCGUGUACAAAACAACUGGAGAAUAAUCCUUCAAACCAAUCAAACCGAGUAUUCACUCGUUAUCUCUUUGACAAAAUAUCCAACGUGUUACAUGUGGCGAGGACGUUGGUUGCCAUGGGAACUGUGACGUGCUUCAUGAUCAACAUGAUUCUAGUAGAAUGACCAUUGAUUCAAUAGCAUCUCUAACUACGACACUAAAUCAAAUAGUGAGGGAUGUUUGUAUAUUUGUACGACUCGCAGACUUUCUCUGAGAUCGCGUGUUUCAAAGAUGAGCUCUGCUUCGACCUUCAGUCGCAUGUUGUAGUUUUGUGUAUUUAUUGUAUUAACACUGAAUAAAAGCCUUCUUCUGUAUGUA